UUCGGGGCAGGCGGCGGAUUCCCCCCUCUGCCGCCGCCUCCCCAGCUGCCCGCUUUGGGGGCCGGCCUGGGAACCGUGGACGAAGGGGACUCUCUGGAUGGACCCGAAUACGAGGAAGAAGAGGUGGCCAUCCCGCUGACCGCUCCUCCAACGAACCAGUGGUAUCAUGGAAAACUCGAUAGAACUAUGGCAGAAGAACGCCUCAGACAGGCAGGGAAGUCUGGCAGUUACCUUAUAAGAGAGAGUGAUCGGAGGCCAGGGUCCUUUGUACUUUCAUUUCUUAGCCAGACAAAUGUUGUCAACCAUUUUAGGAUUAUUGCUAUGUGUGGAGAUUACUAUAUUGGUGGAAGACGUUUUUCUUCACUGUCAGACCUAAUAGGUUAUUACAGUCAUGUUUCCUGUUUGCUUAAAGGAGAAAAAUUGCUUUAUCCAGUUGCACCACCAGAGCCAGUAGAAGAUAGGAGGCGUGUUCGAGCCAUUCUGCCUUACACAAAAGUUCCAGAUACUGAUGAAAUAAGUUUCUUAAAAGGAGAUAUGUUCAUCGUUCAUAAUGAAUUAGAAGAUGGGUGGAUGUGGGUUACAAAUCUAAGAACAGAUGAACAAGGCCUAAUUGUUGAAGACCUAGUAGAAGAGGUGGGCCGAGAAGAAGAUCCACAUGAAGGCAAAAUAUGGUUCCAUGGGAAAAUUUCCAAGCAAGAAGCUUAUAAUUUACUAAUGACAGUUGGCCAAGUCUGCAGUUUUCUUGUGAGGCCCUCAGACAAUACUCCUGGUGACUAUUCACUUUAUUUUCGGACCAGUGAAAAUAUUCAGCGAUUUAAAAUAUGUCCAACACCAAACAAUCAGUUUAUGAUGGGAGGACGAUAUUAUAACAGUAUUGGGGACAUCAUAGAUCACUAUCGGAAAGAACAAAUUGUUGAAGGUUAUUAUCUUAAGGAACCUGUACCAAUGCAGGAUCAAGAACAAGUACUCAAUGAUACAGUGGAUGGAAAAGAAAUAUAUAAUACAAUUCGUCGAAAAACAAAAGAUGCCUUUUAUAAAAAUAUUGUUAAAAAAGGUUAUCUUCUAAAAAAGGGCAAAGGAAAACGGUGGAAAAAUUUAUAUUUUAUUUUAGAGGGCAGUGAUGCCCAACUUAUUUAUUUUGAGAGUGAAAAACGAGCUACAAAACCAAAAGGAUUAAUAGAUCUCAGUGUAUGUUCUGUCUAUGUUGUUCAUGACAGUCUCUUUGACAGGCCAAACUGUUUUCAGAUAGUAGUUCAGCACUUUAGUGAAGAACAUUACAUCUUUUACUUUGCAGGCGAAACUCCAGAACAAGCAGAGGAUUGGAUGAAAGGUCUGCAGGCAUUUUGCAAUUUACGGAAAAGUAGUCCAGGGACAUCUAAUAAACGCUUGCGUCAGGUCAGCAGCCUUGUUUUACAUAUUGAAGAAGCCCAUAAACUCCCAAUAAAACAUUUUACUAAUCCAUAUUGCAACAUCUACCUGAACAGUGUCCAGGUAGCAAAAACUCAUGCAAGGGAAGGCCAAAACCCUGUAUGGUCAGAAGAGUUUGUCUUUGAUGAUCUUCCUCCUGACAUCAACAGAUUUGAAAUAACUCUUAGUAAUAAAACAAAGAAAAGCAAAGAUCCUGAUAUCUUAUUUAUGCGCUGCCAAUUGAGCCGGUUACAGAAAGGGCAUGCCACAGAUGAAUGGUUUUUGCUCAGCUCCCAUAUACCAUUAAAAGGUAUUGAACCAGGAUCCCUGCGUGUCCGGGCACGAUAUUCUAUGGAAAAAAUCAUGCCAGAAGAAGAAUACAGUGAAUUUAAAGAGCUUAUACUGCAAAAGGACCUUCAUGUAGUCUAUGCUUUAUCACAUGUGUGUGGACAGGAUCGAACACUACUGGCUAGCAUCCUACUGAGGAUUUUCCUUCAUGAAAAGCUUGAAUCAUUGUUGCUAUGUACACUAAAUGACAGAGAAAUAAGCAUGGAAGAUGAAGCCACUACCUUAUUUCGAGCCACAACACUUGCAAGCACCUUGAUGGAGCAGUAUAUGAAAGCCACUGCUACACAAUUUGUCCAUCAUGCUUUGAAAGACUCCAUUUUAAAGAUAAUGGAAAGCAAGCAAUCUUGUGAGUUAAGUCCAUCAAAAUUAGAAAAAAAUGAAGAUGUGAACACUAAUUUAGCACACCUAUUGAACAUACUUUCAGAGCUUGUGGAGAAAAUAUUCAUGGCUUCAGAAAUACUUCCACCGACACUGAGAUAUAUUUAUGGGUGUUUACAGAAAUCUGUUCAGCACAAGUGGCCUACAAAUACCACCAUGAGAACAAGAGUUGUUAGUGGUUUUGUUUUUCUUCGACUUAUCUGUCCUGCCAUCCUGAAUCCACGGAUGUUUAACAUCAUCUCAGAUUCCCCAUCUCCUAUUGCUGCAAGAACACUGAUAUUAGUGGCUAAGUCUGUACAGAACUUAGCUAAUCUUGUGGAGUUUGGAGCCAAGGAACCCUAUAUGGAAGGUGUCAAUCCUUUCAUCAAAAGUAACAAACAUCGUAUGAUCAUGUUUUUAGAUGAACUUGGGAAUGUACCUGAACUUCCGGACACUACAGAGCAUUCUAGGACUGACCUCUCCCGUGAUUUAGCAGCAUUGCAUGAGAUUUGUGUGGCCCAUUCAGAUGAACUGAGAACGCUCAGUAAUGAGCGUGGUGCACAGCAGCAUGUACUGAAAAAGCUUCUGGCUAUAACAGAACUGCUUCAACAAAAACAAAACCAGUAUACAAAAACCAAUGAUGUCAGGUAGCAGCCUUCACCCAAGUGUCUGCAUGGAUUCAGCAUGCCAACAUGGUAAUUCACAUCAGUAUGUCUCCUUUGCUCUUGCCAAAAAAUAGCACACCUUUCCACAUUCCAGUGAUGUGUGAGCUAUGCAAACAAAACCCUAGAUUCUGCUGGUGGAUAAUUGUACCAGCAGCUUUGUAAGCUAUCUGUGCAGGAUAUUUGCACUUUUUCCACAUAUGGAAUCAAUCUUUACCAACCUCUGAGCCUUGGUGUACAGAUCACCUUUCAUACAACAUAUGACUGUACUUUGAACUUUGAGAAUAUAUUUUCAAUACAUCCAAUUGCCAAAGUUUUGCUGUCUCUUGGGAAAAGAACUAUGAAAUCAACUGACAAGAAAAAGCAUUCUCUGUCAACAAGUGAGUACAACUGGAUUGCAUACUGUUCUUACUGUAACUUCUUCCUGAUUAGGAAUAUGACCGUUUGACUGUUAUUUGUUACAGUUUCCAGAAUUUGCCAUUAUAAUAGGAACAACCUUUGCUGUAUACUUUUUUUUAAAAUACUGUGCUACUUCUCUUGCUAGAACUGUUGAAAGAAAAUAUAGAUGGAACUAUUGCUCAUCAGCUUUAUUUUUUAAACAUACCACUUAUUUGUUCAAACUGUAUUUAGAUCUCAUAAUGCUUUUGUUAAAUGUUUACAACAGUAAAUAGUUUAAAUUCAAUAAAUAUUGGUCAUUGUACUGAUCGAUGCAUGUUACCCAAACAUUUUAGACUACCAAUUUCUUUUGUGUUAAAAAAACACCUAGAAUGCUUUUUGUUGAAAGUAUUCAAGUAUUCAUUAAUUCCAAAUUGAUUAUGCAAACAACCUCAUGAGUCACUUAACAGCUAUCCAUCUUUGAACUUCUGACUACUUGUUGUAUCUGCUGGGUAUUUAGUUUGUAUAGUUUUAUUUGCUUCUGUAUGUGUAUCUUUGUGAAGUAUUCACAAGGGUUAAGUUAAAAUAAAACCAAGGGAUAUUAA